AUUGCAUCCGUGAUUCUUGACUUAUCCCCCUUCAAGCAUCGAUUGAAUAUUGAACGGUCAGUUGUGGCCUCGAAAUGUUUGAAUGAUAGUGUUGUUCUAGCUUAAAAGCAAGCUUCCAUCUGCGAUUUCUUGUCAUUUCAGUUCACUAAGCACUUGCCUUACGCUCUUUAUCAUGGCUGACAAUGCUACUGGCGCCACUGCGCCAAAGACGCCUCCCCACAUCGUAAACUCUGGGCCCAAGCUCGACUCCACCCCGCUUGCAGUUGGCUCUGCCGCUAUCAGCGAGCAUAUUGGUGCUGUAGGCGUUGGCGUCCAGGAUGUUAGUCCAUGGAUCGCGCGCGACGUUGAAGGCUACAAGGAAGGUGCCGUCGAUAAAAUGUUAGAGGAACUCCUUUAUCGCUGCGUAGACGACUCGAAACCACUUCCUGACAAGUCGACACUACUCGAUGAUUCCCUCAAGGCUGUCCUGCCCAUCUGCAACGAGGGCGAUGACGCUCGAAUCAUCAAGAACCACAUGAUUACUCUUCUGGCCAGCAAUACUGAGCUAGACAUGUACCAGCCUUUUAUCAAAGCUGCAAACUGUGCACUCCGCCGACUGAGCAAGCUGGACGCGCCUGGAUUGGUUCCUUCGAAGGCAGAAGACGAUUUCGAGAACAUCAUAUUUCAUCUAAACGACCCAUCGUUAAUCCACCAAACACACCAAGAAGAACAGUCCUCACGCAAGCCUGACGUCGUUAUCGUCUCCAACGCGAGCGCUAUGAAGGCGGGGAAUUGUGAAGUAGAAGAUAUAUACGAAUCAGCGUUGAAGAAGCCCGUCAAGAAGUUUGAAUGGAAGGAACUUCGAACGACGCUGGAGUUCAAACACACGAAGGCGAAGUCUGGACUUGCACUACCGCCUGUGACUUACGCAGCGAAGACGACUUACAAUAUCCCUGUAGCGAAGAAGUUUAUGAAGUAUCGGAGGGAAACGAACCGGUCCGCUGAUGAGCCUGAGCCAGAUGCGACACCUUUGCCUGCCAGCAGUGUUGCUACGGGUUCGUGCCAGACAUCGAAUGCGCGUGCUGCUGCUACGAGUUCGCGCCAGACAUCAAAUGCCGCAGGACGUCCGAACCAGUCUGAGCGAGACAAGAAGCGUUCUUCUGCUGGUCUAGCUGACGGCGGCCGUAGCAGCAAAAAAGCUAGGAGGGAGCCGGCAAGACUUCAUCCUGUCGUGCAGAAUGGUUUGUACGCCGCGGAGAUGUUUGCAGCUCAUUUUGCACGGCAGAGCGUGAUCUCAUAUGUGGUGGAGAAUGACAUAAUCUACACCUGGUACUUCGAUCGGCAGGGCGCAAUCCAAUGCUCUGGUAUCAACUUCGUCCAGGACCUUCCACGCUUCAUGGUUUUGCUGCUUGCUAUGCAGCGAAUGUCAUACGCAGAAUGGGGCUACCACACGCUACCGGAGUUUGUGUCUUCGGGUGAGGUUCGGGUCGAUGAUAAAAAGAUCGGAGUGGUCGACCUCAAAUUCAAUUUGACGUCUGACGAGCGCAUCACUCACUUCGGUUUGCGCGGACGUGCAACCACCGUCUUCCCAGUGGAAAGUGUGGCGCUGUCGGCUCUGGUACCUCAACUCCCUCAUUAUAACCCUCGUAACCCUACCGACAAGCUCGUGGCCAAGCUCUAUUGGCCAGAAGAGGAGCGCGAGAGUGAGGCUGACAUACUCCAGAAGGUGUAUGAGAUAGCGAAGAAGGAUGAAGAGGGGAAGGUCAAGUACCACGUCCCAGAGUUGGUCUGGUCCCAGGUGUUUGAAGAUACAUCCACGGCGAACAUCAGGAGGGCGCUAGGAAUUGAUGAUGCUGAAACAGGCAGGCGCGUCUUUUACAUAAUCGUAUUCAGAGAGCUUCGCCCGAUCACGAAGCUGAGCGGGGAGGAUUUCCUCAGCGCAUGGUGGCAAAUCGUUAUCUGUCAUUACGCGCUCUGGGACAAUGGUGUUCAUCACCGCGACGUCAGCCCUAGCAAUCUCAUGGUAUACAAAACCUCAGACGGUCGAUGGAUUGGCGUUCUUAAUGACUUCGACUUAUCAUCGACUGGAGACACUCCCUCGGGCCAGGAGCGCACAGGGACGGUACCUUUCAUGGCGCUCGACCUUCUCACAAAGGAAGCUAUCAAGGGCCAGGUCAAGCAUCUGUACCAACACGACGCCGAGUCAUUCAUAUGGGUCCUGACCUGGGUCUGUAUCUGUUAUGAAGACGGUGUGUUCAUCGGCAAGCGCACGGAUCUUAAUGACUGGCUGAGAGUGGAUGCAAUUGGAUGCCACCAAGCAAAAAGUAGCUUUUUAAUUUCAGGUCGUAAAACCAUGACACCGUCGUCAUCGCACGGAAAUAUCUGGAAGAUGGCACGAUCUUGCCUUCUGACUAUCGCCCAGCAUUAUGUGCCGGAGCUGGUACCUACGGUGGAGGAUCAUGUCGUAUUUCAGACAUGGCUUCAGAAGAACAUACUUGAGGCAAAGAUAUUGUCGCCGGCGCUCCUAGAUGUUCGCUUGUAAAUUAUGUGGUCUGUAGUAGCCGGCAGCACCACAGAUCAUGCAUACAUUGAGACAAUUCGUGUAAUUAAUACAAGAGCUUUGUAGAAUCAUGAUGUACGUGCAUGUCAUCAAUCCGGCAUGUCAUUUCUCGAUCUGUUCCUAGUAUACCGUCUGGUUAGCUACAGAUGCACGCAGUACCACAUACCAACUUUGACAGGUCUCAGUCGCUCGGGGUCAUUGCUGUCUUCC